UUCCCAAUUUUCCAUUUUCCAAUAUUUUCUCUCUUGAACUUGACUCAGCUGGUUUCCCAUGGCGGACUACGGCGGAGCAAUUUCUCUAUCCCACCAACCUCCGACCUCCUCCUCCUCCUCCUCCGACCACAACCCUCCAACCACCACCAGACCAAAACCCAAAACCCCAAUGUCGUCAACCGACAACUCAUCCAUCAAAAAGCCACGUGGAAGGCCACCUGGAUCAAAGAACAAACCAAAGCCUCCAAUAGUUAUAACCAAAGAGAAUGAAUCAAGCAUGAAGCCUGUAGUGAUCGAGAUCUCAGCCGGAAACGACGUCGUCGAUACUCUCCUUAACUUCGCUCGAAAACGACAUGUCGGCCUCACUGUCCUUAGCGGCUCUGGCUCCGUUUCUAAUGUUACGUUACGACACCCUAUGUCGCAUUCUACUAAUUUAUCCCUUCAUGGACCUUUCAGCCUUGUUUCUCUUUCCGGCUCUUUUCUUGCUAAUACGACGCCGUUUUCCUCUAAACCUCUUUCUUCCUCUUCCUCUUUCGGGAUUUGUCUUGCUGGCGCUCAAGGUCAGGUAUUCGGCGGCAUAGUUGGCGGGAAAGUGACGGCAGCGAGUCUCGUGGUGGUGGUUGCAGCGACGUUUAUAAAUCCAGUGUUCCAUCGACUGCCAAGCGAGACAGCGGAGGACGACGAGGGGGCAAAACCCGCCAUCAACACUACCGAUGAGUCCCCCGUCGCAGCAACUACAACAAGCUCGGCAACUCCGAUGGCGGUGUGCAUAUACAAUGCUCCAUCUCCCCCGGACCAUGCAAUGCCAUGGGGGCCGAGUUCUCGAUCAUCUUAUUGAAACCCCUAUUCAACAUAACAUACACAUCUUUGGUGAUGGUGAUUAUCGUCAACUAGGAACUGAUAUUACAAAAAUAUGUCUUUGUUGGGAGGCUCAAUUUUUUGUUAAUUGGUAAUGUUAAAUGUGAUUUUUUUUUCAAAAAAAAAUCAUUGUUGUUAUGUUUUUAUUCCUUUUUCUU